AUGGAGUCCAUCUAUGGAGAAAAUGUCAUCAUUCGGGACAGGCAGAGAGGCUUGAGAACUUUCCAGAUUCGUGAUGAACUUACCAUAACCACGAAACUUUGUACGACGAGUAAUAAGCUGGAGAUGGCAAGCACGAGUUCCAUAGACGAAUUCUCAUAUUCGUUCGGGGUCCAGUUUCUUCCGCCAAUCAUGUUGACCUGCUCAUUCCCUGCAUCAUACCCAAGCCACAAACCUCCACGGCAAGAAAUUAUGUACCAAUGGAUCGACUGGCUUCAAAGCUCUUCACUUUCUCACCUUGGCAUCCAUCAACAGAUCAUACUCGAAAGCAUCUCCCCCGAUUCCGACAUUCCUUUGUUGAUGAGGUAUAAUGACGAGCAGGUCCGGGAGAGUUUCCUCAACAACUUGCAUGAGUGCUGCAUUUGUUUCUCUGAGCACCCAGGCAUUGACUUUGUCAGGCUACCAUGUCAGCAUUUCUUCUGUCGGAGCUGCAUCGGGACUUACUCCGAUUUGCACGUUUCAGAAGGCACCGUGAAUAAACUCCUCUGUCCUGAGUCAAAAUGUGGGGGGAUGAUACCACCUAGUACAUUGAAACAUUUGCUCGGCGAUGAUAAAUAUGUUCGCUACGAGUCUCUCAUGCUGCAUAAGACGCUGGAUUGUAUGUCGGAUGCUGUGUAUUGCCCGAGAUGUGAAUUCGUCUGCAUUGAAGAUGAGGACCACUUUGCUCAGUGUUCCAAGUGUUUCUUUAGCUUUUGCUCUCUCUGCAAGAGUGCACGCCAUUCUGCUUCUCGAAUCACGGGGGCUCAGAGGCGGCUGGAGCUGGAAAAUAAGAUCAACGACAUCAUAAGGGAGCUGGAAAAUAAGAUCAACGAAAUCAUGAGCGAGAUGGAGGUGGCUCGUGUUUGCAAGAUUUGCCCACAUUGCAAAAUGGCGAUCUCGAAAAUCGAUGGCUGCAACAAGAUGGUCUGCGGGAGCUUUGGGAAGUACUUCUGUUACCUAUGUAACAAACCCAUUAACGGAUAUGAACACUUCAGGUAA